AUGAACCGGUGUUAUCUAUGUAAUUUCAGGUCUGGAAUGUCCACUGGUAGGCCUCAUGCUCGUGUACUGGAGAACUUGAGCAUGGAUAUUUUUGAUAGAUUUUCUUAUUCGUUUUUCUCAGCUGUUGUCUUUUUUCUCAUAUUCGCCCAUGCAGAGGCAUAUGACUAUUUGGACCCAACUGGGAACAUAACACUCAAAUGGGACGUUAUGUCAUGGACUCCAGAUGGUUAUGUGGCAGUGGUGACAAUGACCAACUUCCAAAUGUAUCGUCACAUCAUGAAUCCUGGCUGGACCGUGGGAUGGACAUGGGCUAAGAAAGAAGUCAUCUGGUCGAUGGUGGGAGCUCAAGCCACUGAGCAAGGAGACUGUUCCAAGUUCAGAACGAACAUCCCACACUGUUGUAAGAGGAACCCUACAGUUGUUGACUUGCUUCCUGGAGUACCUUACAACCAACAAAUUGCCAAUUGCUGCAAAGGCGGUGUGGUAUCAUCUUGGGGACAAGACCCUUCAGCCGCAGUUUCUUCCUUUCAGUUGAGCGUAGGACGUUCAGGUGCUACCAAUAAAACGGUGAGAUUGCCGAAGAACUUCACUUUGCUUGGUCCAGGACUAGGCUACACUUGCAGCCAAGCGAAAAUUGUUCCAUCCACGGUUUUUCUCACUUCUGAUGGCCGUCGAAAAACUCAAGCAAUGAGUAAGAGUGAUUCGAAGAUUCGGAGCGUUGUAGGACUAAACACACCAACGAAAGACAACACCCCAUUACUGCAGUGCACGCAGCACAAUUGCCCUAUCCGCGUGCAUUGGCAUGUGAAGUUGAACUACAAGGAAUAUUGGCGAGUGAAAAUUUCCAUCACCAAUUUCAACUAUCGCCUGAAUUAUACACAGUGGACGCUUGUUGCUCAGCAUCCAAAUCUCAACAAUAUCACUCAAGCUGAGUAUUUCUGUACGUAUAAUGAUUAUGCAGAUGACUCUGGAAUGUUUUAUGGUAUGAAGUUCUUCAAUGAUAUCUUAAUGGAAGCCGGGCCAGAUGGAAAUAUCCAGACAGAGUUGAUUCUCCAGAAGGAUAAGAACACAUUCACAUUGAACCAGGGAUGGGCUUUCCCCAGAAAAGUCUACUUCAAUGGGGAUGAAUGUAUGAUGCCCCCUCCUGACAAUUACCCGUAUUUACCAAGCUCUGCACCAGCAAAUGUGAUUGCAUUAUCAACUCUUAUUUCUGCUGCAUUUUUGCUUCUGGAGUUGCUAGUCUUUUGGUGA